CCAAUGGAUAGCUUAGCACUUCUGCCACUUCACUCGCCCUCAACCUCGUUCUCUCGUUCUUCCCCUCCCACUUCCUUCCUCCGUCAUCGUUCUGUUCCGCGACCUCCAAAUUCCCCUUCAAUCCCAUCUCUCAGAUCAACUGUUUAUCCUUUCGCCUUCUUUCCCUCCAAAACUUCUUCCACCUUAAAUCCUCUCGCUGAACUUCGCAUUGCAAAUCACCCAAUUCAAGCUUCUUCGUCGUCAUCUUCUCCGGCAUCACCAUCAUCCUCACCCCCUGCUGGUCAAGGUGCCAAACCUUUGCCCUUUUUGAUCUCCAUUUCUAUUGGUCUCAUCGUUCGCUUCUUAGUUCCUAAGCCCGUUGAAGUUACCCCUCAAGCGUGGCAAUUGCUCUCGAUUUUUCUCUCGACUAUUGCGGGUCUUAUUCUCAGUCCGUUGCCAGUGGGUGCUUGGGCUUUUAUAGGUUUAACAACGUCCAUUGUGACAAAAACACUGAGUUUUUCCGCGGCUUUUAACGCGUUCACUCACGAGAUUAUUUGGUUGAUUGUGAUUUCCUUUUUCUUCGCUCGUGGGUUUGUGAAAACUGGGUUGGGUGAUAGGAUUGCAGCUUACUUCGUGAAGUGGUUGGGAAAGAGUACUCUGGGGCUGUCUUAUGGUUUGACUUUUAGCGAAGUGUUUAUUGCACCGGCGUUGCCCAGCACCACCGCGAGGGCCGGUGGCGUCUUCUUGCCGAUUAUCAAGUCACUGUCGCUCUCAGCUGGGAGUGAACCCAAUGAUCCUACUUCCAGAAAGCUGGGAUCUUAUCUUAUCCUGACGCAAUUUCAUUCUGCUGGUCAUUCUAGUGCUCUUUUCCUAACUGCUUCUGCUCAAAACCUGCUCUGUCUUAAAUUAGCAGAGGAGCUUGGUGUGAUAAUUGCAGAUCCAUGGAUUACAUGGUUUAAAGUGGCUAGUUUACCUGCAUUGAUUUCUCUUCUUGCCACGCCAUUGAUUUUAUACAAACUUUAUCCACCUCAAAUGAAAGACACACCAGAGGCGCCAGCCAUGGCUGCAGUCAAGCUGGAAAGUGUGGGUCCUGUCACUCGAAAUGAAUGGAUUAUGAUUGGUACAAUGCUGCUUGCAGUGUCUUUGUGGAUAUUUGGAGAGACUCUCAGUAUACCAAGUGCUGUAGCUGCAAUGAUUGGCUUAUCAGUACUCCUUGUACUGGGAGUCCUUGAUUGGAAUGAUUGCUUGAAUGAAAAAUCAGCAUGGGAUACCCUUUCUUGGUUUGCUGUUCUAGUGGGGAUGACUGGCCAGUUGACGAAACUUGGCAUUGUGGGUUGGGUGUCUACUUGUGUGGCCAACUCUCUUCAGUCUUUCUCUCUGAGCUGGCCUGCUUCACUGUUUGUUCUUCUGGCAUCUUAUUUUUUCAUCCACUACAUUUUCGCAAGUCAGACCGGUCAUAUUUUGGCGUUUUACUCCGCAUUUCUCGCUAUGAACCGGGCAGCUGGUGUUCCUGCUGUGCUGGCAGCGCUUGCUCUGGGAUAUGUUGCUAGUCUUUUUGGUUCAAUAACACAUUAUAGUAGCGGUCAGGCUGCUGUAUAUUAUGGAGCUGGUUAUAUAGACCUCCCUGAUAUAAUCAAAAUCGGGUUCAUUAUGGCUGUUUUUAAUGCUAUCAUCUGGGGAGUUGUUGGCUCUUUGUGGUGGAAAUUUUUGGGUUUGUAUUGAAUUUCCAUUUCAAUGUAAGUAAUAUCUUUUUCCUUUUUAAAAUUGUUUCAAUUGGCCAUUCUUUUAUGUUAUCAUUGCUUCAGUGCAUACAGUCCAAUAAUAUACGGAUAAUUAUUUUAGUACAAAUCCUAAAUUGAAGAUUUGAAACU